CCUCGAUGGCAGGGCAGGUCUUGUAGUAACAAGUAUCCAAUUACAAGUGUCGAAGAUUAAAGAGAGGAAAAAUGGAGGGUGAGAAGAAAGCUUCGUCGGUAUCAGAUGUGGGUGCUUGGGCGAUGAAUGUGAUAAGUUCAGUCGGAAUCAUCAUGGCCAACAAGCAGCUUAUGUCCCUCAAUGGUUAUGCUUUCACCUUCGCUACAACUUUAACUGGAUUCCACUUUGCUGUGACUGCAUUGGUUGGCCUGGUGUCAAAUGCUACAGGUUACUCUGCAUCAAAGCAUGUUCCUCUGUGGGAGCUUCUCUGGUUCUCAAUUGUUGCCAAUAUGUCUAUUACUGGGAUGAAUUUGAGUCUCAUGCUGAAUUCUGUUGGAUUUUACCAAAUCUCAAAACUGAGCAUGAUUCCAGUGGUUUGUGUAAUGGAGUGGAUCCUUCAUAACAAGCAUUACUCAAGGGAAGUUAAAAUGUCAGUUGUGGUUGUGGUCAUAGGUGUGGGUGUUUGUACUGUGACCGAUGUCAAAGUUAAUGCCAAAGGUUUUCUAUGUGCCUUCAUGGCAGUAUUGUCUACAUCGCUGCAACAAAUUUCAAUAGGUUCCUUACAAGAGAAGUAUUCAAUCGGAUCUUUUGAAUUGUUGAGUAAGACAGCUCCAAUUCAAUCGUUCUCUCUUCUUGUGCUGGGUCCUAUCAUUGACUACUAUCUUAGUGGAAAAUUUAUAGGGAGCUACAAGAUGUCUUCUGGUGCCAUUUUAUUCAUUCUUCUUUCCUGCUCCCUAGCAGUGUUCUGCAAUGUGAGCCAGUACCUCUGCAUUGGACGGUUCUCAGCAGUUUCCUUCCAGGUUUUAGGUCAUAUGAAAACAGUAUGCGUCCUCACUUUGGGGUGGCUGCUGUUUGAUUCAGAGUUGACAUUUAAGAACAUUAUGGGAAUGCUUAUUGCAGUUAUUGGCAUGAUAAUUUAUAGUUGGGCCAUGGAGGCUGAAAAGCAGUCUAAUACCAAGAUCACAUCCCAAACAAAAAACAGCCUUACAGAAGAAGAAAUUCGUCUAUUGAAGGUGGGAGUUGAAAACACUCCUGUGAAGGAUAUUGAACUUGGUGUGUCUAAGGGGUAGAGGUUGUUGACAUCUCUAUUGGUUUGCUUGAUUUAUGUUACAGCAGAGCCCAGCUGUGCACAUCUCCUGACCCUCAUCAUUUUAGAAUUUAGACUUAGAUAUUGUUACUGAUGUUACUCAACAUUUGCACUUUCCAUAUAUUUAUUAUUUAUUAUUUAUUAUUUUGUCUGUCUUUUUUUAUUUAAUUUAUUUGUGUGUGAAUGGCAUAGAGGGGAUGUUCAAAAUGUAAAAUCUAUUUGUUGUACAAUACUGCAAUCUAUUUAUUCAUGGCUGAACCCAGGCUGUCUUAUCAUAA